GACCUCUUAAUGCCGGUAUUUAUCCUAGUUGUCAACAUAAUAAUUAUUCUUAAAUCACCGAUCGUGAAAUCGAACUAAAACAGCAAAUCGUCGGUACCAUAAAUCUCAACCAAAGCCUCUGCUGUGAAUAACCGAAAGUAAUCGGGAAUUCAACAGCGAUCUGACAAAUAUGCACAAAACGGCGCAAGCAUGGUUCACCGGUGGUCCGAGCCAGAAGAACAGCGAUCUGACAAACCAACCACCUUCUCUUCUUGCUGAUUGGAACGCUUACGCUGCAUCUUCACAGUCUAAUCAAGAUCUAGAUUCUUCUGGUCUCGGUUUCGAUCUCGAAGCUGCUGUUCGAGAUAAGGUUUCCGGCACCUUUAACGUAGUUUCAAAGGGAGUGAGGGACAUACCUGGAAACUUGCAAUCUGCAACAAGCAAUGUCCCAACUGGAAAAUCUCUUAUGACAUUUGGAAUCCUUCUUGCCAUUGGGGUGUUCCUUGUGUUCAUUGCCGUCACUGUGUUUCUACCGGUCAUGGUGCUCGUGCCUCAGAAGUUUGCUAUAUGUUUCACUAUCGGUUGUGCCCUCAUAAUCGCUUCGUUUUUUGCUCUCAAAGGAUAUAGAACCCAGUUCGCGCAUAUGACAUCUAAAGAGAGACUCCCUAUUACGUUAGGCUUUGUCGGCAGCAUGGUGGGCACCAUUUACGUUUCAAUGGUGCUUCACAGUUACGUUCUUUCUGUAUUCUUCUCUAUGUUACAGGUCAUUUCAUUGUCAUACUAUGCAAUUUCCUACUUUCCGGGAGGAUCGGCUGGCGUGAAAUUCUUCACCUCUGCUAUCACUUCUUCAAUUCUUAGAUGCUUUGGGAGGUGAUGUUUGAUUGUUUGCUACCGCCUGAUGUUUAUAAGUGGCGUGAAAUUCUUCACCUCUGCUAUGAGUAAACGUCCCUUUCUAUAUGACGUGCGGUGUUAAAUGAAACUUCCAUUCUUUUGUGCUGUACCUUUUACCGUGCACAAAUAGAUGUUACAUUGUAGCCAGAUUUGAACCUUACUCAUAAACGACACAAUUCUCAAGUACAUGAAUACAAUGACACUGAAAAAAACUGUUCAAAGUACUGGUCCAGGUUCGAUAUAGCUCGUUUUAAAGGACGAAUUUUGAGUAUUGCUUGUUUUCAAUUCAUUGUUUUAUGCUUGUAUAAUUUGGAGAUUAUAUUGAUUAUAAAAUGUGUUGAAUUUUGGAUA